GGACGCGAGUGUACCUGUACAGGUACCCUUCUCUCCGAUUGGUGUGCACGGUUCAGGUAGAACCAGUAUCGCGGCCCCUGCGUUUAGUUCACGGUAAAAUUGAGGCUACGAAAUACUUGUGUACCUGUGUACAGUUCGAAACGUGCACUCGAGAAAAUCGCAUUUCCCCAACAGAAAACGGAUCUGCCGCACGUGAAACCUGUCACAGGGAACAUCAGUAGAAGAAACAGUACACAGAUAUACAGAGAGAUAUUGCAAGUGAAAAAAAAUAAAUAAAUCAUCAAAAGCAACAGGAAGGAAAUUUAAAUAGAAAUAAAUAAAACGUGGGGCUGUUGUUAUCCGAGCAAUUAGACUACGCGAUACCUGCUGAUCGAAUGUCCGAGAGUACGACUUUGUUUGUAAUCAAUUGCAAAUUGUGAUUUAGUGUUUCUGUGACGAUUAAAUGCUGUUUUCUGCGAGUGCGAGUUCGUGCAAAUUUUUUAACCAAAUAGACCAAAAAAGAGCAACAAUCUGAGUAAUUUACACUAGCCUUCAUACGUAACGACAUUGUGAUAAAUAAAUGUAUAUUUUUCUAUAAGUAAAUUUAAAGCAAAUUCAACUUGUAUUUAUAUUAAUAUAUAUAUAAGCUACAACUGUGAUUAUAUAAAAUUGAUAGAUAAGAGGUCUGAUACGCCGUGCAAACAGUAGACUUUCGUGUAGGAAUCGCGCAUGGGGUUGCUGUCGUCCCGUAUCUAUUGCAUUGACGGAAUUUUCUUCUGCUGAAUCUUUGCUAGAUUCGUGUAUUUUUAUUUAUUUUUUUUAUGUUGUUGUACGGAUGAAAAGUAUACAAUAAAUAAAAAUUUGAAAGUGAAUUGCGUGGCAAUAUGGCGGACUGAGAGAGGCGAGCCUUGUGUGUUUAUAUUUCACUUAAGAGCAUGGAUUCGUGAGCCACCUGUUGCCGGACUGGAACCCGAAACGAACGUUUCGCAAAGAUUUCGUCGUUAUUGCCAUCAUUUUCCACUCAUUGCGAGAGGUGCAUAAAUGAGCAUCAAGGGCCUGAACAUGAUUGGGCCCCAUCACGUCUGUGUGCUGUACGUCGCAACCGCCGGGCUGCAGGGACCGCUGAUGGGUUCCGAUGAGCAAGAGAUUGUCCUAUUGAUAUACGUCAUCGUCGAUGUUAUGCAGAAUAAGAUUGUUGGUGUCCAGCAGUACCCGAUUAGGCCGUUGUCUGCGGAUUCCGAAGACACAAUUUUAUUGGAACCAUUGACCACGGAUUCCGGUCUCACGGAUGAACUGAUCAAAUCGUCGGGUCGUUUGCUGGACAAUGCGAUUUCCGAGUUCGACGCCUACUGCAACAGUCUGCACAUAGAUCCACACAAUCCUGGUUUCCGGUUGAUAACGGAUGGACAACUGCCUCUCAGGCAAUGUCUACAUCCAGAGGCGUGCAGGAAAGAGAUCGAACUGCCUUUCUACUACACCACCUUCCAUGAUCUCAGGAAGGAUGCCAGUCGAUUCGCCGGAAAAAACGACGAAAUGCCGCAGAACAUCACCGACAUGCUGAGCUGUUUAGAGCUGAAUCCGGAGACAGAAAAUGAAUUCUACAAGAGCGAAGCUAAGGAUAUGGUCAACAUUGUACAAAAACUAAUUAAGGAAGGGCACAAAUUCGAUUUGCCAGAGAACAUCGCUCUUGUUUUGGAGCCUGGAAUAUGUUCGAAGGACGAUGAAAUAGACAGCAACUGUGUGGUAAGAGCAAGAGGAUUACCCUGGCAAAGCAGCGACCAAGAUAUUGCAAAAUUCUUCAGAGGACUCAAUGUCGCCAAGGGCGGUGUAGCUUUGUGUUUAUCGGCACAGGGUAGAAGGAACGGAGAAGCUUUAGUGCGUUUUAUAAAUCAAGAACAUAGAGAUAUGGCUUUGAAACGGCACAAGCACCACAUCGAUUCCAGAUACAUCGAGGUGUAUCGGGCCUCUGGUAAAGAUUUCUUGUCCGUAGCUGGUGGAUCGAGCUGCGAGGCGCAGGCUUUCUUAUCUAGAGGUGCGGCUGUCAUAAUUCGUAUGAGAGGAUUACCAUACGAUUGUGUGGCCAAGCAAGUUCUGGAUUUUUUCGCGUCUGGAGAUAGCUCUUGUACGGUCCUCGAUGGCACCGACGGUGUGCUAUUUGUUAAGAAGCCGGACGGUCGCGCAACAGGUGAUGCCUUCGUCUUGUUUGCAAAUGAAACGGACGCCCCGAAAGCUCUUUCCAAGCAUCGGGAAUGCAUCGGUUCCAGAUAUAUCGAGUUAUUCAGAUCGACGACGGCAGAAGUGCAACAAGUGCUGAACAGGUCGAUGGAUCCUAAAACUUACGAGCAGCCAGCUCCGCUAAUUACGCCGAUGCCUCAGGUUCCUUUACUGCCGCAACAUGUGAUUACAUCGGGAACGAGGAAGGACUGCGUCCGGUUACGCGGACUACCUUACGAAGCGCAAGUGGAACACAUUCUCGAUUUUCUCGGAGAUCACGCCAAGAACAUCAUCUUCCAGGGAGUUCACAUGGUGUACAAUGCCCAAGGUCAACCUAGCGGCGAGGCGUUCAUCCAGAUGGAUUCGGAGCAGUCCGCUUUUAUAACGGCCACUCAGAAGCACCAUCGUUACAUGAUCUUUGGGAAGAAGCAACGGUAUAUAGAAGUGUUUCAAUGCUCCGGUGAUGAUAUGAAUCUCGUGUUGACCGGGGGGAUUCCGGCCCCGGUCUCUCCAGCGAAAGCGGCUCCAGCUUUACUCAGUCCCGGUAUGUUACCUGCUAUUGCGCCCUUACCCCCUACUAAUAUACCACCACCACCACCUCCGAAUACGACGGUGGCUCAGAUAUCUCAAAACUUAGUGCAACCGAAUCCGACACUCAGCUGGGAAAAUCCGACUUUGUAUGCGCAGCAACAGGCUCAGAUGAUUGCCCAGCAAAACCUGUUGGCACGUCAGAAUCAAGCACAAGUCCAAAACGACAUCCUCCUUAUGAACCAAAUCGCCCAUCACAAUCUCGCCGUCCUGAAUCACGGUCCGCUCUCGCCCAACUCGAAUCCAAAUUCUAUGCUCAAACCACCCCCGGUGGUGCUUCCACAUCUUCUGUCGCAGCAGCAGCCUCUGCUCUUGCUUCAGCGCCAAAUGACGCCCAUGGGUUUGUCCAGACCUCCCAUGUAUCCACCGCAUCUCCUGCAGGCAUCAUCCGCCCCUAAUGUUUACCCUGUUAUGCCCCACGUCGCCGUUAAACGCACCUACGGCGACGCAUUUGCUGAACAAACCGCGACGCCGGCGAAACGACCUUUCCAUCCCCAGGGCACUUUCCCAGUCUAUCAACACUUUUAUCCGAACAUGUAAAUAUACACAUACGUACGCGCAAUCGAAAACACAAAAGACAUGUAAAUACAUAUAUUCAAGUGCCUUUGCUAUAUAAUUCGCUAUACAUAUAUAUUUUUUGAGAUAUCUAAGCCAAACGUAAGAAUGGGUUACAUUUAUAUAUAUUUUCUGUUUUGGUUAUUGGUUUAUACAUUUUCUUAACAAACUGUGAUUCAAUGCAUUCCAAGUUUUUUUUUAAUAAUA